GAUACCAAUUAAUAUUUAUUUAUUUGAUUAAAAUUAAAAAAAAAAACCUAGAAGCGGCGUCGAAAUCCAACACGUAAUGCAUUUGCCUAACACCUACCUACCCCGUGUUCCGUAAGCUUUGCAGUGUUUGUUGGUUGCGCCUCUCGUAUCACCUUCAUCGUUUCACAUUCAUUCACGUAACUUCCGUUUCAUAUUCCAAUGGCUCCGACCCCAAAGGUUAUCUCCGACAAGGACGAGAUGCGGAACUGGUCCCGCUCCAUGCGGGCCCAAGGCAAGCGAAUUGGGCUCGUCCCCACCAUGGGCUUCCUCCACGCCGGCCACCUCUCCCUCGUCGCCCAGGCCCGCUCCCACUCCGACGUCGUCGCCGUCUCAAUCUACGUCAAUCCGGUCCAGUUCGGGCCCACCGAGGACCUCGCCACCUACCCCUCCGACUUCCACGGCGACCUUCGGAAACUCGCUGCGCUUCCCGGCGGCGUCGACGUCGUUUUUCAUCCGCCUAACUUGUACGAUUACGGUGGCCCACCGGUGUCCAGUGGGCCGGCCCACGAGAGCUGGGUCAGGGUUGAGAAGCUGGAGUUGGGCCUCUGUGGGAAGAGUAGGCCCAUUUUCUUUCGAGGGGUGGCGACCGUUGUGACCAAGUUGUUUAAUAUAGUGGAGCCUGAUGUUGCUAUGUUCGGGAAAAAGGAUUAUCAGCAGUGGCGAAUUAUUCAGAGGAUGGUUCGAGAUCUUGAUUUUUCCAUACAAGUGAUAGGUGCUGAAAUAACACGUGACAAUGAUGGCUUGGCAAUGAGUUCACGUAAUGUGCACCUUUCACCUGAAGAGAGGGAAAAGGCACUAUCAAUAAAUAAAUCAUUGUUAAGAGCUAAAUCAGCAGCAAAAGAUGGUCAGGUGCAUUGUGAGAAGUUGAGAAAUUUGGUCAUCAAAUGUAUUACUGAUGCAGGUGGAAGGAUUGAUUACGCUGAGAUUGUUGAUCAAAAUAAUUUGGAGAAAGUGGAACAGAUCAAGAGUCCUGUUGUCUUCUGUGUUGCUGCAUGGUUUGGGAAAGUCAGGCUUAUAGACAACAUGGAAAUCAACUUGUGAAUGGAUGUUUAUUCUAACUUUCUGUCAUCUCAAACAAGGAUCACAUGCUUAAUAGUUCGAAUCACAUGCUUAGCAGUUCUAAGAGUUCAUGGUUAUAGGUCGUGACAGAUAUUUUCUUUUCUUUUCCUGCCAGCCAUGCAUUAUUACUUGUAAAUGCAUUUUACCUCAUCAUGCAUUCCAAGAGAACUGCUAUCAAUGGCACUACAAGGAAUCCGUGAACUGCUUAGUUUCCUUUUUAAGUAGAAUUCGUGCAUGUAUUAUUUAAUGCAAGAGGUCAACUGAUUGAUGAAUAACACUUCCAUGAAUGUGAGGGGAGGAUUGAAGUUUACUGACUGCAAAACAUGGGAUUGAAGGUUCAACUAUUCGUUUUUCAAGAUUAAUUUUAUUGAUAUGGUUUUGUUCAAGCAAAACUAUCCCAAGGACAAAGGCCAGCGCAAGGCACCUGCUUUCUUAAGGAACAUGGUUUGUUUUAAACAUUUGGCGUGCUGUAAUUUAUGUGACGUACCAGCAUAAGUUUAGACUAGCUAGGAACACUGUUGGAAACUUGGAAUGGACAAUCCGGCAAUUAUCCUUAUGAAUCAGUUUUGACAACUUAUGGAUGAGGGGUUAAUAAGCUCAAGAGUCUUGCAGUUGAAUUUUUAUUUUUAUUUUUCACUUGUAUUUCAGGCCAAAAAUUGUAUUAGGCAGCACUUAAAUAUUUGCUUUGUCGUACAAGUGUACAAAAUGUCCCAAGAGUGGGGUACAUGGGAAGAGAACCAUGAAUAAAAUGGAUUUGGGUACAAGGUAGCUUUUCCACGGCUU